AUGCAAGAUUAUUGGGAAAGAAAUAUCAAACUAAGGCGCCCUAUUUCGCCUCAUGCUACUAUUUACAAGCCUCCGUUGUGCAUGUGCACCUCUUUCAUGCAUCGAUCGACCGGUGUUGUUAUGUGUCUGGCCUGGAUGGCCCUCGGUUGUGGUGGUUUCUGGUACACUGGUAACUUUGAUGCUAUGCUUGAAUAUAUAAACAGUUACCAGCUCGCUCCAUAUUAUUUGUUUGGGGCUAAGUUUCUUCUUGCAUAUCCAUUGAUUUAUCACUACACCAAUGGCAUGAGACACUUGGCUUGGGAUUACUCCAUCGGAUUUGAUAUGAAAACUGUAAACUUUACCGCUUCGACUAAUCUCAUUUUGUCUUUCCUCCUUACCCUUGCAUUGGCUUCGAUCAAACUCUAG